AUGUCACGGCCGUGGCCUUGCCUUGUCUGGGUCUGGAAAGUCUUGCGGGUGUGCCCUUGUCCCUCUGUCCUUCUCCCUCUGUCCUUUUCCCUCUGUCCUUGUCCCUCUGUCCUUGUCCCUCUGCCCUUGUCCCCUUACCCUUGUCCCUCUGCCCUUGUCCCCUUGCCCUUGUCCCUCUGCCCUUGUCCCCUUGCCCUUGUCCCUCUGCCCUUGUCCCCUUGCCCUUGUCCCUCUGCCCUUGUCCCCUUGCCCUUGUCCCUCUGCCCUUGUCCCCUUGCCCUUGUCCCUCUGCCCUUGUCCCCUUGCCCUUGUCCCUCUGCCCUUUUCCCCUUGCCCUUGUCCCUCUGCCCUUGUCCCCUUGCCCUUGUCCCUCUGCCCUUGUCCCCUUGCCCUUGUCCCUCUGCCCUUGUCCCCUUGCCCUUGUCCCUCUGCCCUUGUCCCCUUGCCCUUGUCCCUCUGCCCCUGUCAUCUUGCCCUUGUUGUCGCCCUGCCUUUCUCCUGCUGCCCUUGUCCCCCUACUCGUGCCCCCCUGUCAUUGCCCCCCUGCCCUUGUCCCCCUGCCCUUGUCCCCCUGCCCUUGUCCCCCUGCCCUUGUCCCCCUGCCCUUUUCCCCCCGCCCCUGCAUGCUGCAACGUGAACGCGGACGAGCCGCGGCGGCAGGGGUUGUUGACAGAUGACAUCUCGCACCUCACAGCGCUCACCUCCCUUGCUGCUCUUUCUACCCCCUCCCUCCCUUUGCAGAGAUCUCUCAUUCAACUCUCUUGGCACCAUCCCGCCUCACCUGGCACUGCCCCAACUCUCUACCCUGUAACCCCCCCCCCCCUCUCUGCCCUGCUUCCUUGCACUCAUUAUCUGCACCAAACCUGUUGGCUUGCUCUCUGCCCUUUGCUUGCUACAUUUCUCUUCCCCUUUCCUCCUUGCUCUUUCCUCCUUGCUCGGUCUCCCCUUCCCUCCUUGAUGGGUCUCCCCUUUCCUCCUUGCUGGUUCUUCCCUUCCCUCCUUGCUCUAUCUCCCUGCCCUCCUUGCUCGGUCUCCCCUUCCCUCCUUGCUCGGUCUCCCCUUCCCUCCUUGCUCGGUCUCCCCUUCCCUCCUUGCUCGGUCUCCCCUUCUCUCCUUGCUCGAUCUCCCCUUCACUCCUUGCUCACUUCCCCUUUCCUCCUUGCACGGUCUCCCUUCCGUCCUUGCUCGGUCUCCCCUUCCCUCCCUCGCAUCAUCUGCUCCCUGCAAGUGGCAACACCUGCGCCCAUCUCUCAAAUGUGUGCCCCGCAGAAGCCUCCACACCAACUUCUCCGGGAGCCACCAUUCACUGUGCUGCCACCACUCGCUGUGCCGCCCCCACUCGCUGUGCUGCCAUCGCCGUCGCCACCACUCUCCGUGCUCAUCAUCCCUGGAGUGGAGUUUGCCUACCUUCCGUUGCACCGUGUGCAGUCACUGAGUCACAACAACUUCACAGGGCCCAUUCCUGACUCCAUCUCCACGCUCUCCACUCUGCAGGCCAUCUACCUGGCCAACAACCGUCUGAGCGGCAGUCUGCCGUCUGCCAUCAGUCGCCUGGAGAAGCUCCAACAGAUGAUGUUGAUUCUUCUCCUCAUGCCUACAUGCAUGCCAAGCUGUCCGCCCUGCCAAACCCACCCAUGUUUUGUGCCUUCUGCCAUGCCGCACAGCACUCUGCUGCUCUCAUGCCCCUACUUCUGCCUCUUCGUCUGCCCCUGUUUCUACCCCUGCAUCUGCCCCUACUUUUGCCCCUCCUUCUUCCGCUGUUUCUGCCCCUGCUUCUGCCCCUUCUUCUGCCCCUGUUUCUGCCCCUGCGUUUGCCCCUGCUUCUGCCCCUUCUUCUGCCCCUGUUUCUGCCCCUGCUUUUGCCCCUGCUUCUUCCCCUGCUUUUGCCCCUGCUUCUGCCCCUUCUUCUGCCCCUGCUUCUGCCCCUGUUCUGCCUCUGCUUCUGCCCCUGCUUCUGCCCCUGCUUCUGCCCCCGCCUGCCCGCCCCAGCUGGCUGGACAACAACAGCAUCGAGGGCCCUCUGCCGUCUGCCAUCUGCUCGCUGCCCUGGCUGUGGCGCAUGUGAGUGGCUGUGGCGCAUUGGCUGUGGCGCAUGUGAGUGGCUGUGGCGCAUGUGAGUGGCUGUGGCGCAUCGAUGUGAGCAACAACAGCCUGUACGGGCGAAUCAGCCACGACUUCAACAGCAUGGUGGCGGACGGCGGCGCGCUCAUCAACCUCGCUCACAACUUCUUCUACAGCGACGCCGUGCUCUUUGCCGCGGGCUGCCAGGUGUGCCCCGAGGAGAUCACCCACCGCAACCAGCUGCUGCUGGGCGACAGCAGCGUGCGCGUGGUGGGGAAGUGCAGCGAUGCUGCCUUCGCUGGCCAGCGAGACUACUCGGUGGCGGGGGCAGGCAAGGGCGCGAGGGGGAGCCUCGCAGGCAACUGUCUGACGCUCAAACGGGGCGUCAAGUGCCCAUCCAACGCCACCCAGCGCAGCGCGGCAGCCUGCCAGGCGUUCUGCAGCAUCACUGACAACGGCCCGUGUGACGGCCAUGGGGCGUGCGUGCCGCCUGCACCAGACGCCCCUGCCAACUCUGGGUACCAGACACCAGUCACCAACUUCACGUGCAUGUGCGACGCCGGGUACUCCUCCGUGGACCUGGGCAACGGGUCCACCUGUGCCAUCACUGCUGCGCUCUCCAACUCCAUCUCCUCCACUCCGCGCCUCUUUUCCCCCACCCUCCCUGCUCCCCACCUGGCAGUGUCGUCGCUGUCAACAGAUGCCAUCGUGGGCAUAUCUCUGGGGUGCUUUUUCGGGUUCUCUCUGCUCACUGCUGUGCUCGCCUGGCUACUGUGGCUCCGUCGACAGAGUAAGACCGCCAACACUGCUCUCAUGUCGGAAGUGGGAGGGGCUGGACCUGUGCGAGCCAUGGCAUCGCUGCACCACGUGAAUCUGGUGCGCCUGCUGGGCUUCUGCCAGGACCAGAACGUGGAGACGGGCAAGCAGGAGCAGAUCCUCAUGUACGAGUUCGUGGCCAACCGAGACCUGCACCACCACAUCUACAAGAGCAAGACUUUUUUCUCUGUACCAUGCUGCCUUGCUCUUUUUCUUUUUGCUGCACUACCACGCGUCUUUCACAUCUACUAUGCUGCCGUGCGCCGGCUGAUCCCUGUGGUGCAGGCGCAGAAGAGGGUGGAUGCAUAUGAGCUGGACGAGCUCAAGGACAGCAAGCUGCAGGCCAGUGACGAGGCCGUGGUGGACUUUGCAGACCUGGCGCUGGACUGCACGAAGGCGCCCGGCACACGCCGACCCGACAUUAAGGACGUGGCAUACCGCCUCCGUGCCCUCAUUGACAAGCACUGCCCUGACAAGGAGGAAGAGUGGGAGGAUGGUGGAGACGAGAGUGCAAGCACUGGAGAGGUGUCGUGUGCCACCACCUGUUCUGCUGGCGGGAGCUCAAUGCGGAGCUCAAUGCGGAGCUCGGAUUCCGAUCGUGUCAAGAGUUGGCUGCCCCUGGGGUUCUUUUGGGGUUACUGA